CCUCCCCCGGCAGACGCUUCCACGCCGCCGCCCGCGCACCAGCUCGCCAUGGCCGUGGGGAGCCGCAGUCCCGCCGCCGCCGCCUGCCUGCUGCUGGCCCUGCUGGCCGCCUCGGCCCCGCGCGGAGGCCAGGCGCUGCACACCCGGGGCGCCCUGCCCCUGGACGCCGUCACCUUCUACAAGGUGAUCCCAAAACAUAAGUUUGUUCUUGUGAAAUUUGACACCCAGUAUCCUUACGGAGAGAAGCAGGAUGAGUUCAAAAAGGUGGCUGAAAGCUCGGGGUCCAGCGAGGACUUGUUGGUGGCUGAGGUGGGAAUCUCAGAUUAUGGCGACAAGCUGAACAUGGAGCUGGGAGAGAAGUACAAGCUGGAUAAAGAUGCCUACCCGGUAUUUUACUUGUUCCAAAAUGGAGACCUGGAGAAUCCUUUGCCAUACGACGGACAAGUCAAAGCCAGCGACCUCCAGCGCUGGCUGAAGAGCAAAGGCAUCUAUAUGGGCAUGCCGGGAUGCUUAAAGGAGUUUGACGCCUUGGCAAGCAAGUUCUUGCGUGCUACUCUAGAGUCAGGGCGCAAGAGUCUUCUGGAGGAGGGGCAGAAGCUGCUGGAAGGGGCCAAGGAGCCCGACCGGAAAUCAGCGGAGCAAUACGUCAAAGUCAUGGCCAAAAUCCUCUCGCAGGGCGAUGCCUUUGCUGCCAGCGAGGUUUCACGGAUCACCAAGCUCCUCGAGGAGACCAAGAUGAGCGAUGGAAAGAAAGAGGAACUCCAGAAACGCUUGAAUAUCCUUACUUCCUUCCAGGUGAAGAAGGAUGAGAAAGAAGAACUUUGACAGGCCAGGAGAAAAUGGCACAAAAAUGAUGAGGUCAAAGCAGGUCAGGUUCCUUUCUGGUGCUCCUUUAAAACAAGCAAAACCAUCCCAGUGUCUUUGGACGGAAUUCUUCCUCUUUGAUGCUUGAAAUCCUUUUGUUUUGACGAAGACAUCCCCAGUUGGAGACUCGGCUACAAGAGAGAAGAACACCUUCCAUUCCUACAGCAUAGGAUCCCCCGUCUUUCCUAAGGAAGUUGCGGGCGUUUGGGAGUGGGUAAAAAGUCUGUUAAUCCUUCAUUGGUAAAGGCAAGUUUGCUGGGGUGGGGGCAUAUCCUUUCAUAGGUUUUGUAUUUAUGGGUGCUACCCUUACCAGGUCUGUUCUCAAGAUGGCCACCUUCAGGUUUCGAUGCGGCCUGUCCUUUCGUGGUGGAUUUCAAGAUGGCUGCUCAACAAACACGGGGCAGCUUGUUCUUAUUGGCUGAAUUAGCUGGGUUAUGCCUGUAGCCCCCCCUGUCCCCCUCGUUUUCCAACCCAAGGUAGGCGCCAGAAGUGUGGGUCACCGCGGUUGAGGUUGGCUUGAAUUCAGCUUGGUUGGUGGCUUCCCAGGGUUGGCUGGCCUCAGAAGGUUGCUUGCGGUUCUUGACGGAAGCAAGUUCCAGAGCGCCACGCUCGCAGAGUUGUGCAGUCUGAGGGUUCAACCCACACAGCAGGUCGGGGGCAGUUGGAGUGGGAUUGAUUUUGUGUGUUUCGGGGAGCACAGGUUUGGGCAGAGCAAAAGGUGUGUUGGGGUUGGUGAAAAGCCAAGGAUGUUGUAUCUUUUACUGAACAGUAUUUGCAAAUUGGUUUGGGGACAACUUACGAUGGCACUUAAUUUGCUAAUAAAGGUUAUUUGAAAACAACA